AUGGCCGUUUCAGCUACGGACUCUACACCGGAUCAUCCCGAAGAUGAACCCCAAAUGCUCAACCCCGACGAAGCAGCCGAAGAGAUCCCCGAGGAUGCCGACGGCGACGUUCCCAUGGACUCUGACGACGAGAACGCAGAAUACGAUGCCGAGGCCGAGGAGCUAGAGAUAACGAAUGAUUCAAAGGCGUAUUUCGACAAACACUCAGAUAGCAUCUUUUCUAUCGCUGCACAUCCUUCCGACCCGUCGAUAUUUCUAACCGGGGGUGGCGAUGAUGUCGCCUACAUCUGGACCCCCGACAUGCCCGCAAAUACAGAAGAUGCAAAUAUUACCCCCCGGGAAUCAAAAACGGUUGUGCGGCUAUCAGGCCACAAAGAUUCCGUCACGGCUGCCGCAUUCACUAACCCCGACGGUGCAUAUGCCGUUACUGGUGGGCUUGACGGGAAAAUCCAAGUCUACGCGCAAGCCGAGAAGUGGAAGAAAACCGCAGAAGCACAAGAGGUCGAGGAAAUCAACUGGAUCCAACCACACCCCACGGCACCUCUAUUUGCUCUUGGCGCGAACGACGGAAGCGUAUGGAUCUAUUCCCUGGAGACUGGAGGUUUGGAGAUCAAGCAAGCGCUUUACUCACACACCGCUUCUUGCUCUGCAGGGGCUUGGACUUCUGACGGAAAGAUACUUUGCACAGUCUCCGAAGAUGGCUCUUUCUACGCAUGGGAAACUGACUCCGGGCGGGCAGUGGUCGCGCUCACGAGUGCGGACCAGCGCUUUGCCGUCGAAGGUGGGCUCUACUCUGUCACCGUCUCCCCGUCGGGUGCAGUUGCGGUUGUCGGUGGUGCAACUGGUGAAAUGCGUGUCGUUGGGCUCCCAUCAUCUACACAGGCCGCAUCUGGAGCACAAAGAAGGGGUGCUGGACGGCCUCAAGCUGGUGGUGGAGGUUCCACCGGUGGUGGUCAAGUCGGACAGAUCAUAGCAUCACUACAUACCCAUUCUGAGUCUGUCGAGUCACUGUGUUUCCACCCUACUCAACCACUUCUUGCCUCCGCAGGCGUUGAUGGCAAGAUUGUGAUCUAUGAUGCGGCGAGGGGUUUCCCGGUGAGGAGGACUUUAGAGGAUGGACACAAGGAAGCUGUUGUGAAGGUUGAGUUUGUCAAGACUGACGGAUGGAUUCUCACUUCAUGUAGUAUCGAUGGGACCCUGCGAAGAUGGGAUGUCAGGGCUGGAACUGAGUUGGGCUGCUGGAAGGGCCAUUUGGGGGGCAAUCAGAGCGAGGGUGAAGGCGGUAUCUUGGGUUUCGUGCAGACCAAGGAUAGAGUAGUGACUGCAGGCGAUGACCACGUAUCACUUGUGUUUGAGAUGACGGGUCUAGCUACAGGCGGUGGCUCAGUAGCGCCUACUGUCGGUGGGCCAGCCUUGAGGUAG